AUGGAUUGUGAGGGCUCACUGGAUUACAAGGCUCUCUACUUCGAAGCCAAGGCAGAACUGGACAGAGAGAGGGAAAGAACCAGGAAAGCAGAGGAACGCGCUGAUAUGUGCUUGAAAAUGGCUAGUGGAGCACAAGAAAGAGAAAAAGAAACACAAGAAGAACUGCAUGAAGCACGGGAGAAAAUACAUGAAGCACGACAGAAAAUGCAUGGAGAAGAAGUCAAGAAGCACGAGAUAGAAAUUAUGCAAGGAAAAAUAGUGAAUGAGCAACAGCUGAAAGAAGAUGGAGGACAUCAAGAGUCUGAUGAAUCACAGAAAAAGGAAAUGGAGGAACAGACUAAGAGGAUUCCUGAGUGCAAUGUUGGGGUAAUGGGAAUCAAGCCCGAGACUUGUGACAUGAAUGGUCAUCGCCUCACCCCUCAAAUACUGUCUCAUACCUCUUCAACGCCUCAGUAA